AUGGCACGGAACCGCAAGGAGAAGGAUGUGAAGCUGAAGCUUAAGCAGCCCGAUCGAUCGGGGCCAGAUCCCUCCCAAGAGACUCUACUAGACAUGGCGCAGAAGCGCGGCCUUUUGGACAUUCCGCAAGGCAAUGUUAAAGGGGGAUCAGGUGCUGGAGAAGCGAAUGAGGAGCCGUUGAUCGGAAGACUGGGAGAAUCGAUGCUCUGGAGUACUAGUCUCACGAUGGUACAUUUCACACUCGAUGUCAUGGUCGCCCAUCAAUACGCUGUUGAGAUAUCCUGUCAUUCUCCUGCUCUUCUAUACGUUCCAUCCUCAUCCAACGCCUUCAAUGCUCCUCCCCAACCUACCUCCUCGAAUACAGCCCUUGGCACACCAAAUUUUCUUCUUCAUAAGCAGCGUAGCUGCUGGGACCUAUCUGAUUCACAUCACAAAUGUGUAUAG